GAGAUAAAAUUUUCUCGGGAAAAUCACAGAAAUCCCAAGCCAAUGGAAGAACAUCAAGAAGAAGAAAAAUCAAUGGAAGAAACCCCAGGGGGCUUAUCCAAGUCUUUGAUGUUCAUACUGAACUCCACUUCCUCGAGUUUUAAUGCACGAAUCUCUGUAUGAAUGAAACCCCUCUUCUCUUCCGUUCAAAACUCAUCUCGAUUUUCAAUCUUCCCGUUCAAACUCACCUUCAAAAUCCUCCAUUCUUUCCGACCACUCUCAUCAUCGGCAGCCGCCGGAAAACCCAAAUGGAAUUCACUCACCAAUGUCUUCAUUACCAACCCAACUCUUCUGAUCUUACAAUCAUGCUCUUCCAUGUUUCAUUUGAAGCAAAUUCAAGCUCACAUGAUUUGCACUGGCCUCAUGAACCAAAUCUUCCCGGCUAGCCGCGUCGUAGCCUUUUGUGCUCUCUCCGAUGCCGGUGACAUUCAUUAUGCCCAUCUCGUUUUCGCUCAGAUUGAAAACCCUAACUGCUUUUUGUGGAAUACGAUGAUCAAGGGUUAUUGCAGAGCUAAAUGCCCUUCAAUGGGGUUCUUGUUUUUCCGGCAAAUGAUUCGGAAUCGCGUCGAAUUGGACUGUGGGAGCUUUGUUUCUGCGCUCAAGGCGUGCGGCCACUUUGCCGGGAAAGCAAUAAGAAUGGCGGUGCAUUCUGUGGUUUGGAAGUUGGGGUUUGGUUCUGGAUUGCUGGUUCAAAAUGGAUUGAUUCAGUUCUAUGUUGAAACUGGGUGUAUUGGUUUUGCACGCCAAGUGUUUGAUGAAAGUUCUGUGAAGGAUGUUGUUACUUGGACGACGAUGAUCAACGGGUACACAACGAACAAUUAUUUGGAUGAGGCUGUAAUGUUAUUUGAUUUGAUGUUGUCGAGUAACGUUGAGCCGAAUGAGGUCACUAUGAUUGCUUUGCUUUCUGCUUGCUCGCAGAAGGGAGAUUAUGUAAUGGGAAGGUCACUUCAUGAACUCAUAAAAAGGAAGAACAUAAGCUCCAGUGUUAAUUUGGUCAAUACCAUGUUGGAUAUGUAUGUGAAAUGUGGCUUUUUAGUAACUGCUAGAGAGAUUUUUGACAACAUGGAUAGAAGGGAUGUUUUUUCUUGGACUAGCUUGCUUAAUGGACUUGCUAAAAAUGGAGAUUUGGAAGCUGCAAGGAAGGUGUUUGAUGAAAUGCCUGAGAGAAAUAUUGUCUCUUGGAAUGCUAUGAUUGCUGGUUAUUCCCAAAACAGUCAGCCAAUGGAAGCUUUGAAGCUAUUUCACAACAUGGUGGAUGUUGUCGGAUUGGUUCCAACCGAGGACACUUUGGUCUGUGUGCUUUCUGCUUGUGGCCAAUUGGGAUGUUUAGAGCUGGGCAAAUGGAUUCAUGACAACCAUGUCAAUAAAAUGGGACUUCAAGUGAGUUUGAUAAUGAACAAUGCAGUUAUGGACAUGUAUGCCAAAUGUGGGAGCAUUGAUGCAGCUGCAAAGCUCUUCCACUCCAUUCCCGAGAAAAAUCUAGUUUCUUGGAACACAAUGAUAUCUGCGUAUGCAUCUCAUGGCCAUGCCAAGAGAGCUCUCACUCUGUUCGAUCAAAUGAAACGCUCGGGACUAAAACCAGAUCACAUCACCUUUGUCGGCGUUCUAUCAGCUUGCAGUUACGGAGGAUUUGUUUCGAAAGGUCGGGAGCAUUUCGAAAGCAUGGAGAAUACCUUUGGAGUAGAGCCAAAGAGGGAACACUACGCUUGUAUGGUGGAUUUGUUUAGUCGAGUUGGGUUGUUGAAAGAAGCUUACGAGCUAAUAUCAAAGAUGCCGAUGAAAGCAAGUGAAGGGGCUUGGGGAGCUUUGCUUGAUGCUUGUAGGAAGCAGGGGAAUGUGGAAAUGGCUAAGUUAGCUGCUGGGAAGCUUUUGGAAUUGGAUCCUGAGGACAGUGGGAUUUAUACUCUUUUGGCGAAUAUUUGUGCUGAUGGGAAGAGAUGGGACGAUGUGAGAAUGGUGAGAAGGAUGAUGAGAGAAAGAGGAGUCAAGAAGGUUCCUGGGCAUAGCUUGAUAGAGGUUGGAGGUACGUUUCAUGAGUUCUUAGUUGCUGAUAAUUCUCAUCCUCGUUCUUUAGAAGUUUAUAGAGUGGUAAAUGAAUUGCUUCUGCUGUCUAGUUUGGUAGAUUUUGAACCUCUAGAAAAUGAUUAGUUCUUUUAUGAUUUCUAGAAA